UGGUGGGAAGAGAAGAGGUCUUGCUAGGACCUACGGCAAUUGUUCAUGAAUACAUAUGAACUUUCUUUGUGCUUCAUGAGACGAUCUAGCCAAGCCAGAGUCACUCUGUCAACCUCACUCUGAUUCAUAUAUAUGGCCCGUUCUCUUUACUCCCCAGAGGAAGAAGCCGGCGUUGAUCAACCGCUCAAGAGUGAUGCCUAUUUCCCAAUGACACAGACUCUCAGCAAAGCGCAGCAAGACACUGCCGCUACGAGGGGUAGUGGCCUUAUCGGUUCUGCUGCAGACUCGGAGGCCAGGAAUCGUACAUUGAGCACACGGAGACGGAUCCAAGUCGCGUGUAACCGAUGCCGGAAACGAAAGAUCAAGUGUAGUGGUGACUCGGGUGACGGGCAGGGCUGUUCCAAUUGCCGAAGCGCAGGCAAUCCCGAUUGCCAGUUCUUAAGAGUGAAUUCGGCGGUUCUACAGACCAAAGCCGGCUGUAAUGGAUGGCCUUAUCCGACGGUGAAUGUGACUGCUGCAGCAUAUGCCUCAUCCCGAAUGGCAGCGUACAAUGCGUCGCCCAAGCCAUCGAUGCUGUCAAUCGAUUCGCCAAGUCAGCGUGUUGCAUGUUUCUCCCGAGGCCAGAGCUACGAUCUGGGGAGCUUUGACCCCCACGCGUUCAACAGACAUUCUCCUGGCGUCGACUCGAGCAUUAGUUAUGAGGAAGACCCGUCAUUAGCAUACACCAUCCCAGCGACACCAUGCAUUCCAGCCGGAGGAGUGCCAUCUGGGCUGCUUGCCGACUGUUGUGGAUCAACCUGGAACCCGAGGGGAUGGAGUCCAGCCAUGAGUGUAAGUAAAGGCUCCAACGGGGUCCUUUAUUCUGAACAGGAUGCGGUUGCCGCUUUGACCCAGCCCGUGUUCUCCUAUGUGCCUACUGGUUUGCACGAUACCCCAACGCUCUUCCCCACAGUAACGUCGGUGCCUUUUGAUGCCCAGGGAAAUGACCGCGCCCUUCCAAGCCCUCCCCUAAGUCGAAGCCCACUAGGCGGUGGGUUCUCCAUCUUUGAGUCAGGGCUGCCGGUCCUCGAAGAAGGCAGGGUCGGAAAUCAAUGGGCUACAAAAGGUGGAGGAGUUGCUGCCAAUUGUCGAGUACCCGUGCAAACAAUCCCUAAUGGAGCACUACUCCUCUCGAGCCCAAUCCUGCGAACCAAAAUGACUUCUCCCAGCGUACCAGAUGUGAUGUUUGACUUCCUGGCCAUGACGCCGAGCAGUGCCUCACCCCGUGCGCAAAUUCCUAGCACUGCCUUCGCUGCCACCGUCGAUCCCCCCUUUGAUUCCCCGGACGGGCUUCAGCCGGUGCCGAAGGAAAAGCGUCGAAAGGGACCCAAGACUCCGAUCGAGCGGUCGCUCUCAUUUUCCAACCGCAAACCGGACAUGUACAACUACAGCAGUGUGGAGAAGACAAAGGGUCUCGACUCGGAAGCCUCAACGUUGGUGAACGGCUUGGUGUACACGCGUGUGCGUCCAACUAAUUUGACCAGCCUGAGCCAUUCCCAGCCCGCUCCUCUAGCGGAAUAUUCACCUAUUCGGCCAUCGAUCACCUCACAUGGUCCCAGUGGCUACUAACUGUGCUUGGUCAGAAUAACCUAGCAAACGCCAUCUGCCUCUCGGGUCAUAGACCGAUCUUCUAUGUUGAAAACACAAUCAAGAAAACAAACAAAAAGGACCCCGAGGCCUUGUACCGACGGUUCUGACACUUGACUCACCGAUUGGGAAGGAUUGGCUUCUUUCAUUUAAUAAGGGAGGACUUGAACCUGAUUCAUCAACACCCCAUCAAUCAUUUGCUCUCUUUCUUUUUCCUUGGUUUUUUUUUCAAGUUUUACACACCUUUCUUUAUCUGGAUUAAUUGUUGGCUUUCUCCUUUUGUUGAAAUUCCACGUACUUACACUGUGAUCGGCUUUUGUGCUUAUUUUGUUGAGAGGCAACGUCUAUUACCUAUUUUGUAUUGCUUUGCGCCC